UGCAUUCCACUUCCGCAAUCUACACUCAUAAGCAUACAGUCUGCCAGUAACUUGAGGCAGUGAGGUGUGGCCGCGUGAUGUAUAGAGAUCAGAGAGAACCCAAGUCCCCAGAAAGUGUAGUUUGCUUUCGAUGCGCGCGUGGUCGAGCUUGUGACUUGCGGCGCAACACAUCUCUGUCGUCACUUGUGUCGCCAAUCGUCGUUAUUCAUUGCCCAGCAGAGGGGUUAUGGCUCACGGCUCAAACACAUAAUCCUCCUUGACAACCGCGACUCGUCCUUCUUUCUCGUCCAGUAUCAACUACCUGUCCUGACCCUACUUAGCCCCCCAACUGGCCCCAGCAAAGGCAAAGUGAAGGUUGAACGAGGUCUCCGUCACUAUGUCCUCCCUCCUUCAGCGCGCCAAGGAGAAAGCGCAGGAAGCGGCUCACCAGCUUCAGCAAGCUGCAGCCAAUGCGCAGUCAUCCAAUGCAGCAAGCAAAAGCAACAACGCGGGCAGCAGCAACGCCAACGACAAUGCAACUGGACUCUCCUCGUCCACCUAUACAUCUUCCUUGCCGCACCUGCUGCGGCAUGGGAUUGCCUCCUUCGAUCCGCGCCUGCAGUCUAACCGCUCGUUCUAUGUGCUGAACAACGCCAUGAAGGCAGUCAGCAUCGAUCAUGAGGCCCUCAAACGCGAGACGCAUGCCCUAGCGAUGGCAGCGUACAAUUAUGGUCAACAACAUGUUGCCAGCACCAGGCCUGAUGGCGUCGGAGACGAGGUCAUCGUCGAUGUUAUGGAUCGUAUCGCCUAUGUCCUAUCCCUCACUGGAGAUCUACACGCUGAACAUGUCUCGCGCGUCGAGUCCUCGCGCAAGACCUUCAAAGCGACGAUAUCCAGUGCCCCCCUCGAGUCGCAAGAUCUGCUCUCACACAGAUCCAAGCGCACUGCGAUCGUUAAGGAGUUGCAGACAUUGAUGCCUGAGCGUGCCAAGGCUCCGGGCAUGCAGAGCGAAAAGGUGAAAGAAAUGGAAGAUGCUCUCAGGAAGCUCGAGCAGGACGAUAAGGCGAAAGAAGAAGAGGCCGCCAAGGGCAAGCGACAGGCUGUGCGGCAAGAAUGGGAGGGGUACUUUGACAGCUUGAUCGAGCUCGGCGAAAAGCUGGCUCUCACAGCGCGUUAUGGAAAGCUGAUCGCCCAGCAAGUGCCUGCUACUCCCGAAAGAGACCCGAUUGAAUUCCCUGCCGACCGUACCCCUCGCGAUCGUUCACGCGAGGCGACAUGGUCAGGGGCAGUCCGUGUGGCAGAGAUCAGAGCAGCAGUAGGUCCAGCAAUCCAGCAGCUGCAAGUGGACAAGCAUACCCUGCCGCAGGUGCCGUCCAUGACUGCUGGCACAGGUACGGGUGCAGGCGCUGCCAGUGGGCCUUUCGCAGACAAUACGAGUGUCUUCAGUGGCGCAGCUUCGAGUCUUGGCCGCAGUGACACGGUGUCUUUCGGCGUCAGUCAUGCUGCGGAGCUCAAAGCGGCCUCAAGCUCGGAACUCUCUUUGAGCAGCGGAGGCGGAGGCAUCGUUGCUGGCCACGAACGCGUGCAGCUAUCGAACGAUGGCGCCGUUUCGCAUCUUGCGCCCCCCGGUAGCACCGCGCAAUUGCCUUCCAGCAGCCCUCAGCUGAGCCACACACAGCUCUACGGCUCCUCGCCAUCUGGCUUUGCAUCUGGCGGGCCGCUCUCGGCUCGUAUCAACAUGAACCCGAUCGACAUUCCCACCUCGCCCACCAGCGGUAUCGUUCCGUACCACCGUCGCACAUCCUCUUUCAACCGGGACUCGCCGCCGCCUGUGCCUGGUAGGCCUACGCAGCACCCACCGCAGCAACAUCGCGUGCCGCCCUUGCCCGGCAACAGCAGCCAUAGCAGCAACAGCAGCUUUAGCCCCAGCAACGUUGCCUUCAGUCCAUCCUCGCCUUCGAGGUUGGCCCACGGUAUUCCAGGCCAUGAGCGCCACCCCCCGCUUGCGCCUGGAGAUGGUGCUUCGUACGGUCAGGGAGACGUUCAUCACUAUGGUGGCGCAGACCUCGCGUCCCCCAUGACUGCGCCGGAUGAGCCAACGGUUGCGGAGACUGGCUCGCCGAUUGUUGGCCAAGGCGGCCCCAAGACUGGCUACCUGCCCCGACGCAAGAGCUCCGUUGUGCCAUCUGCAGCUUCCACAGCAGGCAGUAGCAGCACGGGGGGCGUUGGCGGCAGUACUAUGGCGGGCAUUUCGUCGUCCUCCUCCGGCGUGGCAGCGAGUCCAUACGAGACGACGGCAGAGGCCAGAGCACGCAAAGACGCUGAAGCUGAGCGCGAGCGCCAGGCCGCUGCUACUUCUAAUGCUCAGAGCGGCAUUGAUGAUGACUUGCCUCCUUACUCUGAGCGCGGGCUUAAGUGAUGGACAUUUGUUUAACACGCACUGUUUCCUCGAACAUUAUCCGACCCAGCUUGUAAGCACGAUACGCGCAUGUCUCGUCUCAUUAGUCAGUGACUCUACAAGCCUCCCAAGUUCUGUUGAUAGCUCCCGUGUGCC